AACAGUUACCAACACCAACUGGUAGGAGUUCUGUGACCAACACGUUACUGUGAUCGCUGGCGGCGGAGCACGUGAAGAUAAUCAUGGGCAGCAAAAAACACAAGAAGCACCAUAAAUCGGAAAAGAAAGAAGCUAAAGAUGAAGACCGCCAAGAAAAAUCCCUCAAACUAGUUCUCAAGGUUGGUGGGAGCACAGGUGGGUUGCAGACACCAGUGCCGUCACCAUCCGCUGUAGCCUCGCCAUACAGUGUGCCUCCUGUUCAGCAGCAGCAGCAGCAGCUGGAACCUAUGGCUGCCGCAGCUGCACCCGCAGCAUUUCGUCUGGAGGCCCCCAGCAUGGUUUGUCACGCUCAUGAGGGCAGCAGCAGCAGCAAGCACAAAAAAUCCAAGAAGAAGAAAAAAAAGAAGUCCAGCAGCAAAGAACACAGGGAAAAGAGGCACAGGCACCACCACCACCACCAUCAUCGACAUCACCAUCACCACCAUAAAGACCCUGAAAAAAAGGAGAAGCGGAAGUGUGAACAUGAAUGUUCCUUGGGCAAUGAAGAACAUCUACCUGUAGCUAAUACGGUGGAGCAACCAACAACAAAGCGCCCCCGUCAGGAGUUGGCACCACCACCGCCUGAGCCGUCACCUCCACCUGCUGAACGUCCGAUGAGAGACCCUCGCACAUGUACAUUAAAGAAGUCUGAUAAGAGUCCCCUGCAGAUGCUACUCGACUACCUUCUAAAAAAUCUUCAAAAGAGAGACCCUCACGAGUUUUUUGCUUGGCCUGUAAAUGACAUUAUUGCACCUGGCUACUCAACAAUCAUACACAAUCCUAUGGAUUUUAGUACAAUGAGAAAGAAGAUAGAUGACUGUGAAUAUACCUGUGUCAGUGAGUUCAGGGAAGACCUAAAGUUAAUGUGUGAUAAUGCUAUGACCUACAAUCGACCUGACACUGUUUACUUCAAGGGUGCAAAGCGUAUGUGGUACUCUGGAAACAAGCUCCUUUCCAAGGAUCAGCUUUUGGCAUUGGAGGGCUCCCUUCCAUUCUUUGCUGACCUGACAUCUGAAGAGCUAGGGUUCGAUAUCAAUGGAACUUCAGCUGCCCCUGAUGUGAAGGCAACUACCGAUGUUGCUGAUACUCCUGUACCUGUAGAGGCUGCACCAUUGGGAAGCCCAGAAUUCGCUAAAAAGAGCAAGAUUGGAUCAAGUGAUGAGGCAGCAUCAGAGGACCAGGUGGCAAAUGAAAUUUUACUUCAAGCACAAAAAGCAGCGAAGGCUGCAGCUGACAAGUUUUCUUUGAAGAAAGUGAAUAGCAAGUUUGGCUUUCUACGUCAGGUGGAGGAUGGAAGCACCACAUUAUCAAUAUUAAAUCCAGACUGUGGGAGUACUAAUGGAUCAAAAGAAAUGAAGGUCAACCUAGAAAUGCUAGUUGGAAAGCUUGCUCACGGAACUGGAACCCUCAUGGACUUCAAGGAUGAGAUCAGAAACAUUGCACGACCAAUCAAUUACCUGAACUAUGGAACCUACAGCACAUAUGCGCCUCACUAUGAUUCUUCAUUUGCAAAUCUCUCAAAGGAAGAGUCUGACCUUGUAUAUUCAACCUAUGGUGAUGAAGUCGGGGUCCAGUAUGCUGAGAGUUUGCUCAGCUUUGCCAGGGAUUGUGAUUACGUUGUGAACAUGGUUGACGACCUUCUGGAUGUGAUGACAUCUGGAGAGCACUCAAGGACUGUGAAACUUCUGGAAGCUCAUCGUAAUGGCAUAGUCCCAGAGGAAAGCCUUGUGCCCUUCACAAAUCACUCUGAGGUUGAAGAAAUGGAUGUGGAAGCAACGGAACCAAAACAUGGCAACAGCAGGCCAUCCGACUCCUUUUAUGCUCUUAACGAUCUCACUGCUGAUUCAACAGUACAGGACAGCAACCUUGCAAGCCAAGCACCAGUUCACGAAAGUUUUACUGAACGGGAGAUUAUGCUAGGAAAUGUUAAUGACGUUCAUGAACGUCACGAUCACCAUGAGCAUCAUGAUCAUCAUGAGUACCACGAUCGUCAGGACCAUCUGCAUCAUACAGUUUCAGAAUCGUCAUCACUAGAUAGUGCUGACAGUGAUAUCAAUGCUGUGCUGCAACAAAAGCUGCAAGAGUCGAAGGAAAUGAUUGAUGCCCUGUCCCGUCUGCAACAAGAGCGGCUGAGUGCCACGCCACCAGCACACCUGGGCCAAAUCCAGGGUGCCAGUGAAUUGGAACUCGAGCUCGCUGAGAAGAUCGCAAAGACACUUUCAGAGCUGGCUUCUCAUGCGAAGCCAGGAAGCAUAGUGAGUGUGGAGGCAAUCCGCAAGGCCAUGGGCAUCAACUACCAUCCUCCCACAGCAACACCUUGUCAUCACCACCAUUCAUGUCCACAUGUGGCGUCACCUUACAAUGUCUCAGCACAUGAUCUCCCCGACAGCAGUAGCAGCAAUGAUGUCUCAUCACGCACGAAUGACUCUCCAUCUUCCAAUACUUGACUCUUGUCUUAUUCUCAAACGAAUAUACAAAACUAAUAAUAACGUAGCGCGUAAGAACUGAGACACAGGACAAGAGGACGGGCAAAGAGGAGCUACGUUAUUAGUUAUGUAUUACCAACACGUCCAACUACAUACCCUUGCCGUUAUACAAAGGCUUGUAGGUUUCGGCUAAGGUGCUUUGCUUAGCCAAUGGGUCAGCAUGGUCUGGAGAGCACAUUGGUCAUACGAGACAUUUUGUUGUUCACUGGUAUUCAUUUUCGUGUGUGUGUGUGUGUGUGUGUGUGUGUGUGUGUGUGUGUGUGUGUGUGUGUGUGUGUG